GAGAGUAGCAAUAAAGUUUUUCAAUUACGGGCUACAGCAAUGGCGGCUCCCGUGUCCUGGAGGAGGCUACUACAUUCAGUUUCCUCGCCGGCUCUUGUCGGGGUUUUUACCAGGAUUUCUGACCGGCUGUUUCGUGCUCGGGACAGAAGAAGAGGGUCGUCGGUGCUGCUACUGGCUCCCCUGCUCGUUGAUACCGACCCAGUUCCUCAACGCAUUUCCAAGCCCCCCGGGUCGGCCAGAGCUCAGGGUACAGAAGAACUUUGCGCCCACUUCCGAUGGAUGGCAGAGCAAGUCCCUGCCUUCCGGGUUCCAGGAGGCAACAUCAAAAUUCUGACCUCACCUGACCAGUUCUACCAGACGAUGAAGAAGCGAAUCCAAACUGCGGAGAGGCGAGUGGUGAUGGCCUCCUUGUAUCUGGGAACAGGUCAGCUGGAGCAGGAGCUGGUGGACUGCAUGGAAGAAGUUCUCCAACACUCACAGGAAAACGGUCACUCAGACCUAAAAGUCUCCAUAUUACUGGACUACACUCGUGGAUCACGAGGGCAGAUCAACUCGAGAACGAUGCUUCUGCCUCUGCUGCAGCGCUUCAGCUCUCAGAUGCGGGUUUCUCUGUACCACACUCCAGACCUGAGGGGCCUCCUUAGACUUCUGGUCCCGCAGCGCUUCAAUGAGACCAUCGGAGUCCAGCACAUCAAAGUUUACCUGUUUGAUGACAGCAUUAUCAUCAGCGGGGCCAACCUGAGCGACUCGUACUUUACCAACAGACAGGACCGGUACGUUCUUCUGGAGAACUGCAGGGAGGUGGCAGACUUCUUUUCGGACCUGGUGGAAGCGGUGGGGGAUGUCUCCCUGCAGCUGCAGCCCGAUGACUCGGUCACCAUGCUGGAGGGCAUGGUGCACCCAUACAAAGGCAACCGCCAAGACUUCUCUACGGGGGCGAGGAAGCGGAUCAUGGAGGUUUUGAACACAGCACGCACCAGGCUGCAGCUGCAGCAGCAGCAGCUUUCCGAGAAGUCAGAGGAUGAAGGCAUGAUGAGCGAGGGGGACGAGGACACCUGGGUGUUCCCUCUGGUGCAGAUGAAGCCUCUGGGUAUCCGGGUAGAUGAGCAGGUCACACAGCGCCUGCUGACAGACGCCGGGUCGGGCUCCACUGUGUAUCUAACAUCAGGUUACUUCAACCUGACCCGCGCAUACAUGCGGCUGGUGCUCGGGGCCGGAGCCAGCUACCGCAUCCUGACUGCCUCCCCGGAGGUCAAUGGGUUCUUUGGGGCCAAAGGCGUCGCUGGUGCCAUCCCUGCAGCAUACAUCCACAUCGCCCGGCAGUUUUACAACCAGGUGUGUCGGCUGGGUCAGCAGGAGAGAGUCCACCUGCACGAGUACCACCGGUCUCAGUGGACGUUUCACGCUAAAGGUCUGUGGUAUUACCUCCAGGGGCAGGAUCGGCCUUGCCUCACUCUAAUUGGCUCCCCUAAUUUUGGUUACCGCUCGGUUCACCGUGACCUGGAGGCCCAGAUCGCCAUAGUAACGGAGAACGAGGAGCUGCAGACACAGCUGCAGGAGGAGCAGGAGAUGUUGUACCAGCGCUCCACAGAGGUGUCCAGCUCCACCUUCGAGCGGCCCGACCGCUACGUCAAGCUGUGGGUCAAACUGGUCACACCCCUCAUCAAGAACUUCUUCUGAGAGCAGGUGGGUUGUGUGUUCCUGUCCUGAGGUGAGGGUCAGUGAAGGUCGGCCCUGCUGCUGAGACACAAUCAGCAUCACCUCCUCAGAGGAAAUGGCUCCAACAUGCACACGCAAGAGAGAAUGCAUGCCGUGGAUCUGGGGGUAAAUUCUCCACAUUUAAGCUCACUCUGUUUUUCAGCACACCUCAAAGUGGUUAUAACUGGAAACAUUUAAAGAAAACAAAUCCACUCCCCUUACUGUCCAUCCACGUGUUGCAUGCAUGAACAGAGACGAGUGUCUUUGCUGUAAUGAUGAACAGACGGGUGUGGUGAAGCACGACGGUCCCUCGAGGGGCUUUAAUAACAGCUCAGACGGUGUGUUUACAGUCCUGCCCAGAGAUAGUGUGUACAGUUAUGUGUUAUUACGUUUGUAAAUUAAUACAGUUAUGUGUUAUUACGUUUGUAAAUUAAAGGAAGAGAAGAUUUUAUUAAAUGUUUGUCCUUUUUGUUGUCGGGGGGGACAAGAUCAAUAGAUUUUUAAAAGAAAAGUUUUAGUCACAAAACUGACAGCAAAAUAAUCCUCUAUUUUAAUUUGGUUACAGAUCAGAUUAUCAACUCUAACAUGAACAGAGGUCAGGAUCAGCUGGUAACAAGUUUAAGUUUAGUUCUGACAGCCCAAAGACACCUGAGACCCAAAAAUGUAAAUAUCAGCAUUCGCCCUGUGACUCUUGCCAAAUGCUCCGUUUGGUUUAUUCCAGCUGUUUCACAAUGGGCUGUCUGGAAGGAAACAUCUGCAGCAAAAUAAAAUACCCGACAGACUUAAAAUCACUUAGUAGAAAAAAAAUUAUGCCAAAUGUUGUCUCUUCAAACCUGCCGCUAUACUGGAGUGAUCCCAGUCUGCAGUGGUCAGUAGUGAUACAGCUACAAGACGGUCCUGUGCCGUUUGAUCCGAUAAGACAACAGGAUGUGAGAACAACCCUGAAAACUUGCCUCGCUAACUGCAUCCUGUGUGGGUGUUGUACAAACAAACCACAGCGGAGCGUUUCAACGUUCUUCUGCAGCUCCCAAUACAUUUUUAUUGAUGCCACAAGCAUCUUUUCAUGAAGGGGAAUUUCCCAGUUUACCCGAGCCUUUCAUCACCUGGUUGACAGGUGUGUACACACACACACACACACACACACACACACACACACACAC